AUGAAAGUUGAACUGCAAGAUGGUGCACCUCCUGGAACAGCUUUUGCAUGUCAUCCUACUGGUUGGAUGCAAAUGGAAUUAUUCACCUCAUGGUUUGACCACUUCUUAAAAUUUUCAAAGCCAACAAAAGACGACCCGAUUCUUCUGAUACUAGACGGUCAUGCAACUCGCACGAACAACUUAGAUUCCAUCGAAAAAGUCAGAGACAAUUAUGUCACUGUUUUGUGCAUUCCCCCCCAAUGCUGUCAAAAAAUGCAGCCACUUGACGUUGCGUUUAUGGCACCUUUCAAUACGUAUUUUAUACAAAGUAUUGAAAAGUUCUUAAGAAAUAAUCCAGGACGGACAGUGGCCCAAUUCCAGGUUUCCCGGCUACUCGGUGAAGCGUUUUUGAAGGCAGUUACACCAGUUAUCGCCAUAAAAGGCUUUAGAAAGUGUGGAAUCGUCCCAAUCGACAGAAAUGUGCUUACAGAACUGGAUUAUGCAGCUGCUGAAACAACAGAAAUAACUCUACAAGAAGACCCUGCGCCAGGAGAAGAGAACAACAUCAUACAAGUUUGUGCAUCUUCAUCUCAGACUGUCAACAACAGUAACUCAACAGAACUCAUUGGUGGUUCUGAAAACCCCAAUACCGCCUUCAUAAUGGUAUCCCUACCUUCUGUUGAUCAUCCAAUCAGCUCUAACAGUGGACUUCCUUCUGCCACAUUUGAUCCGUCUAUUCCCAGCACUUCAUCAGCUGGUUCCCUAGAAACAACUUCAAAUUUGAACAGUCCACCAAACAAGAAGUCCACUUCAUUUGCUGUAAGUCCACGUGAAAUUGUUCCUGUACCCAAGGUCAAUAGGAUUAUCAAAAGAGAAACUAAGCGGAAGAAAGGAGCAGCAACAGUUCUAACAUCCAGUCCAUAUAAGGCCACUCUUAUGGCAAUUGGGAAAGAAAAAGAAGAUAAAGAGAAUACGAAACAACGUAGACUAGAAACAAAAAAAGAAAGGGAAAUCGAAAGAAAACAGCAGGCUCCUAAGAAAAGGGUGGCUAAAAUUGAAAAUAAAGGAAAACGCGCAUUAUUUAAGAAAAAGAAUGACGAUCUCUUUAAUGAUGAUGAUGAAGGCAACGUCAGCGACGUCGAUUGUUUAUUCUGUGGUGAUUGUUACUCGAAAUCCAAGGACAACGAAGGCUGGAUUAGAUGUUCUGGGUGCCUCAAAUGGGCUCACGAAGCCUGCACAGGAGCCGAAGAGAAGGACGAUGAGUUUAUUUGUGAUUUAUGUAAAUACCAGUGA